AUGGCGGUUGGGGGGCAGUUCCCGACAGAUAUACUGUUCGACAUCUUUUCCCGACUACCCAUCAAGUCUCUCUUGCGCUUCCGCCGCGUGUCUCCGCUGUGGUGCAGCAUCAUCGACGAUCCAUGCCUUGCGCAGAUGCACCAACUCCGGCGCGCCGAGGAGCCUAAAGUUUUACUCGUCGAUCUUCCCGCGCACGAACCGGACGUGAUGCUAAGAGAAGAUGGAGCUUUCUUAAGGUUCGCAGCAGACUCUAAAGCGUGUAAUAUUCUAGAGGGCUGCUGCAACGGUUUGCUUUGCUUCACAAAAAAGGUUCGCAAAUUCCAAAUAAGCCCUUUGUUUUUGUUUAAUCCUGCGAGGCAAGAAGUUGUAGAAGUGCCACCGCCGUGCAUGGAGGACGACCGCGGCCAAUGCAGGAGAAAAUAUGGUUUGGGGUUUGAUUGUUCAACAAACACGUACAAGAUUGUUGCAGUUUUUGAGGGUUUUGAUUUAUGUGGUGCUCAAGUGUACACUCUUGGAGGAGGCCCGUGGAGAGCCAUUAAUAAAGGUCCUCCUUGUGGUUUGUUUGGAUUUGGAAAGCCUAUAUAUGCACGUGGAGGGCUUCAUUGGGAUAUUGUUGAUGGUGAUAUUGAAGGCAAGAAGAUUGUUUAUUUUGACGUUCAUGAGGAGGAAUUUGGGUUUAUUUCUCGGCCAAAGCUUAGCUCGUGUGAUCAUCUAGUUGAGCUGAGAGGAGAGCUGGCGAUCGUUGAUCUUUCAUCUAAUGAGAAUAUUGAGAUUUGGGUAAUGAAGGUAUACGAGGAGAAGAAGAAGAAAGAGUGGGUCAAAGAAUACAAGAUUGGUGUAAAAGGGGUGCAUGAUAAUGCACAAGUUCGAGUUAUAGGGCUAUGUGAAGAUGGUGAAAUACUUGUGAAAGGCGACUUCCAUGAAAAUUAUUUUUUCUAUAAUCCAAAGACUGAUAAUCUAAGGUAUACCCACGUUCCAAGGCUCGAUCAUCGAACACAUGUCCUAUGUCACAUGGGUACCCUCCUAUCAAUUGCUAUGUUUCGGGCAGAUUAA